AUGGCGUGUAUGCCUGAAGAGUCGUCCCAGACCGCCGGCACCAGCAUGUCUAGGAAGGAGGAUCUGAAGGACGGUCUGAAAAUUCUGUGCUCGUUUCUCUUGAUCCUGCUAGUCAUCUAUGGUAUCGUCGUCUCCGUAGUGGAUAUUGUGAAGCACAAUCCCUUCGACGACCGUCCAACCAUGUACUCCGUGGAGCUGGUUGGAGCCAAGGGCAUCCGUUCGGCGCUGGAUCCAGGAGCGGAGUCGCCAGCCUUCAAGCUCCUCGUGCACGUCGACAACGGCCACAUCUACGACGUCAUGUAUGACGGCGGCGACCUCUUGGUCACCUAUGCAGGCAUUCCCCUCGCGCGCGGGAGAAUACCUGCCUUCGACGUGGAUACGAAGAAAGCAGUGACGGUGGCGGUGGACGCAGCGAGCUACGGGUUGGGGAUACCGGAGGACCUGUUUGAUCGCAUGUCAGAGGAUCGCAGAUCUGGGGUAGCGCAGCUACAGGUUGAAUUGUGGGUUGCCGGCUUCUUCACCUGCAACGUCGACCUGGACACGGAGCAUCACGUAUCUCACUGCCAUAGACACAACUUUAUUUCCAGUAGCUAG